UCAUUCCUCCUGUGUGACUGUGCCCUGCGAUGCAAGAUUUUGCCUUUCCCACUAAAUCCCAGUUUACAGAGGAUUUACUUUUCUUUUUUCAUGGCAUUUUAAGUCAAAUCAUUUUUAUCCAUAAUCUGAUUUUCAUUACAGCUCUAGACCGUACAGUAGAAUUUGAAAUUUCUUCUAGCUUUUUAAAAUUAUUUUUUUUCUUCUGUAAAUUUCUUAAUUUUGUUACCAAUUUUUUUUUUCCGUUACAUAUAGUAAAUUUACUUUUAAAUAGUGCGUGGAAUGUUUGCCAUAAAGAAAGCAAUAUAGCCUUAGUCUAGGACUUCUUCAGCUUUAAAUAUAUUUUUUGUACUGGACCAUUUCACUUUACUGGUUAUGUAUAUUUGAUUUGUAACCAUAUUAUGAGCACAAGACCUGCAUGUGAAAUUCUAAGUUUGUUUUAAAGAGACAGGGCAAACAUGCCAGGCAACCAAGGGUACAGGGAUCCUCGAAAUUUUGUUCUCGUAAAACCUUUGCCCAUUGCUAGUCAGAAAGGGCUAAAAAUCCAAGCUAGAAGUCCAACUUAUUACAGCUGCUGGGAGCCCAAUCGAGAGGCUUUAUUCAGAGCCAACUACCUCAGGCAGCAAAAACAGCUUUCCCAGCAGGGGUAUAAUUCACCCAAUAACAAACCUUAUGAGGAUCUGGGACAACCACUCAUCUUAGAGGCCAAGAAACUCAUUCUUCAUUCACUCGGACAAGAUGAACAGGAAACCAAAUCCGAAAAAGAUGAAAUUGAAAACAGUAUAUCGGAGGAUUCAAAUGCUGAAGCUAUACCAAAAAUAUCAAAAGGAGAAAUGGCUGCAUCACUUGGGACCACAGUUUACCUGAGGCAAAGAAAAAAGGACAAAAUUAACUUUAACAAUGAGUUCCAGCACACGAGGCAGCUGAUAAGUCGUGUGAGACAAGGCCGGGGAUACUUUUAUAUUUUACAUGAGGAAGAGGAGAGAAAGAAAUGGGACCUGCAGGAAAAGCAGCGUCUUCAAUAUGAAAAAAACAGAACUGAGCCACAGCCACCAAGUUACCAUGUGGAAGAAAGCUCUAACGAAGAGGAUAAAAUAACUAAUGAAAGGGCAGAUAACCUGUUCCUCACAGAGGUGAAAGAAAAGCGGAGAAAGGAAAACAAGGCCACGAGACGACCUUUUACCCCAAUUCAUAACAGCUUACUUUCAAGUCACAUUAUUGAUGUGGACCUAGAGUCUCUCUUCCGUCAGCUCUGUGCUCUUCACUGGCUCCUCGAAUCUCUAACCUUGGAACCCUCCAGUGCUAUAAGGCCUGUGUCUUCCUGCUGGAACCUAAGUGAUCCGGGUGGCAGCAAAGCACCAGUAAAAAAAAUUACCAGAGAGAAUAAUCUAGACUUGAAAUGGGAUCAACUAUCUUUGCCUGGAAAGGCCAAAAAGACAAACCAGAAUCAUCCAUUUAACCCCACACGUCGCCAGUGCAGCGCUUCCUUGCGCACCAUCUCACGCAUCAGUGGACGGUCAUCAGCAAUAGGCAGUAUGUCCUCCCUCAUUCCAAAUUCAGAAGAGAUGGCAGUGGGCGGUACAAGUUCCUUGGACGCUAAUCUUGAAGGAGCUGAUGUAACUGCAUCGGGUGCAAACAGUGUGCAUGGCAAGUUAAGCAAGGAGGCAGACGAAGAGCCUUUGUCUGAAUAUAUGCAGAAGUUAAUUGAGAUGAUUGCAGAAAGCGUAAAGAUGGAUUUAGAUGAAGAGGAAAGACAGAAGGAAUGCACACUGCUAAGGGCCCCAAUGGUUGCUCAGAUUGACGUUCCUCUUUUGAGAGAAGAUCAGCAAAGCAAUAGGAUCCUUUUACAUAGGCCAAAAAGCUCUCCGGCUACUACUUUGUACCCAUCUAAUCUCGUUACUAAAAAGAAGCCGAUAGUGUUCUCAGAAAUGAGGAAUAUGUUUUUUGAGGUGGCAGCAGAGGCAGAUACAAUAUUCCAUGAUAAGGUGGAAGCAAGAGAAAGGAGACGUCAAGAAGUAAAUAUUCAGAAAUAUCAAUCUCUGGACAAGAUGCAAAACUUCCACCAGGAUCUGGAGAAGAUGAGGAAUGCUUAUCACUAUGUGAAAGAAGACAAGGAUCACAAGGAUAAAAAUAACUGGUUUGUAGUUUUGAUGUCUAGGAUCCCACAAGACGCAAUGAAGAAUCAUAAGAUUCGCAAUAUUAUGGACAAACUUGAAAAGUUAGAAGAGAAACUAUUUGUUCGAAUACGACCCAAUGCUUUCUUGAGAUUUUUGAGUGGUCUUCGCACGUGGGAACUGUGUUCUCCAGAUAUCAGUGUAGCUAUUGAGUUUGUGAGGGAACACCUGAUACAGAUGCCCUUGGAGGAUUAUACAGCCUGGCUUAAUGGACAACUUGCCUGUUCUUCUACUGGCCGAGUCCAGAGUGCACCUCCCGGCAGAUGAUUGGCCUUGCUCUGCUGUCGCAGUCAAAGAAUACACCAGGACCCUGAUGAAAGCAACUCUUUUUGUCUUCAUACAUACAAAAAGGCACAUUCUUGGUUUACUUUCCUCUUCUGUAGAAUCAUUAUAGAAGGUCCAUCAAUAUGUCCAGUUUUUCAUUUAAUUUAAAUUUUUGUUGUGCUUUUUGUACCCGCAGCUUAGUAUUUACAUUAUUUAUAUUCCAUAUUAUAUCAAACUAGAACACUUCAAACUCACAGAUCAUCCCCAAAUAAUCAGUAGCACUAGUGUAGCUUUAAGAAUAUGCACAAGUAUUCUUUAUCCAAAUAAAUCUGUGGAUUUAUA